GUCUUUGUGACGCACUCUGAAGAGCGUUCUAUAUAGAAGCUGUGAUCUGUAACAGUCAGUAGUUAUCACAAUGGCAGGGGAGACCACUCGUUGGACAUAUAUGCCAAUUUUAUUGUUAAUAUUCGCGUCGCGCGCGACCUGCUAUCCCAAGAGGACUAACGAAAUUUCCAUACCUCCGUCACACAAAUUCCUCGAUUUCAUAUAUACAACGGCAAAGGAAGGAUACUUAUCAGUGGAAUAUCCCGUCGUGACAGAAGACGGGUACAUCUUGAGGAUGUUUAGAAUAGUGGAAGCGAAGAACUGCAAUCGAAGCAAACUUCAGCCCCCAGUUUUGCUGAUGCAUGGUCUCUUGGAAAGCUCCGAUGUGUGGACAGAUGGGGGACCUAGCACCGGACUAGCUUACCUCCUCUCCGACGCCUGCUUCGACGUCUGGCUGGGUAACGUCAGAGGCAACUACUACUCCAGAAGACACACGAUCCUGGACCCUGAUCAUGACUUAACUUAUUGGCAAUUUACUGCAGAUGAAAUGGGGCGUUACGAUCUCCCCGCUAUGGUUGACUUCGUCUUAAACAACACUGGAUCGGAGAAACUGAACUACGUCGGCUUCUCACAAGGCGGGGGAACUUUCUUUAUCAUGUGUUCCGAAAGACCUGAAUAUUGUGAAAAAGUUUACGUCAUGAUAGCAUUAGCACCAGCAACUAGACUCUUGAACUCUAGAUUGCUUAGUUUCCGAGUCGCUGCCCAAUCGGCUGCUCUCUUGGAAAAUGAUCUCAGGUCUGCAGGUGUGGGUGAGGUGCUUAAUAGAGGUUCUCUGACCCAAAAGUUCUUGGUUAAAUAUUGUCCGUUGAAUUCUCUCACACAAACAUUGUGCAGGAAUUACGUGACUUCUCAAGACCUUCUCCAUCCAGGGUCUAUAGCUGACGAUACUUUUGACAACAUCUUCCAUCACUUCCCCGCUGGAACGUCGCUGCACAACCUAGCGAAGUACGGCCAGGGUGUAGUUAGUCCAAAGUUUGCGAAGUUCGACUAUGGAAGGGAGAGGAAUUUAGAACUUUAUGGUCAAAUAAACCCUCCCGAAUACAACUUGGACGCCGUGUCUACUCCCGUGGUAAUAAUUUACGGUAGAAAUGACGGCGUGGUUGAUCAUCAGGAUAUAAAAUGGUUGAUCGGGAGGCUGCCCAAUGUGAUUGAUGUGGUUGAAGUUGAGGACCCCCUGUGGAAUCAUGAGGACAUGCAUUACAGUCGAUACUUCAAAAGCCUCGUCUUUCCAACGGUUUACGAACAUUUACUUGUUAAUAGUUAUUAAUAUUUGCUAGUUUUCAAUUCAUGUAAGUGCAACUGAAGAACAGUUAAGUUUACGUCUGUCAGUUUUGAGAUACGUUAACUGUUGUGAUAAUAAUGUGUCAAAGAUUUUGUGGAGAUUUCUUUUGUAUUUACUGUUUAUUUGAGAUAAAUGCAAUGACAAAAACUUGUUAAUAAAAAUACAAACAUUGCACAAAAAUUAAAUAUUAAAAGUAAAACAUACUUUAACAAGAAAAUGAGUAACAAGGAACGGGCUAAAGAUUAUAUGGUAAAAAAUAAUACAUCGAUAUUAUAAAAUCAUAAAUGUCCCCACUGUGGGGCACAGAUAUUUUAACUGAAUAUGGUUUGUUAAUGUAACAUCCACGUGAGUCCAGUUGCUACGGAAAUUAUUUAGACUUUUAUUGAAUUUACUUGAAAAAGUAUUCAUUUGACACUGUGGGUUACCUACAAUGCGAAGAGAUGGCGCUGCCUUGCAGCUUAAGGCUAGGAAAAUUUCGACGCGGCUAAUAGGGCCGUGGUAGCAUAAUGGUCAGUGCAUUCGCCCGGAUAGCGAAGGAUGCGGGUUCGAGUCCCGUCCGCUGCCUGGUCCGCGUGGAUUUUUUUCUAGUAA